CUACGGAAUCAAAAAGAAGCGGUGGAUCUGACAAGCAUCGGUUGCUUCUGGGUAUGUGAUUAUGGCGGCGGCGGAGGAAAAACAGCAGCCCCAGACGACUAGUCGUGACGGCGAGAACGCUGCGCAUGUAUCCAACCAAGUCUCGUCGAAAUUGGCGCAGAAAACGCUGAGCAAUGACGGCGACAAGGUGCAAACUGAGUUGGAUACGAGAGAAAAUAAGGAAAACGCGAUCAAGCAGGCACAUACAACGCAAGACAAUAGCUCAAAAGACAUAACGGAGAAGCAGCAACGUGGUGUAGUCUCUGCUACCCACGUCGGUGUCGACGCGGCUGCAGAGACCGUGAAAGAUACCGACGGUGCCACGUCGGAUCCACUGGUCGAGGACGCACCGUUACCGAUGGAUAUAGACAAAAUUGAUCAUGAGAAGGGGACAGAUGUGGUGAAGUCUAGUGAGUCGGAGGAGCAGUUUGUCACGUGUGGAGAGAAGGAGACGGCAAAAUACUCUGGGGAGCUAUCACUGCUGCCAGUGGAGAGUGAAGUUGAGACCGCUACAGUCAAGUGUGAUGGUAAUACUGAGGUUGCGAAGGAAACAGUUGCUAUGGAAGUGGAUACUAGCGAUAAGGCUCAUGAAGAAGAUAAAACUGUGGAGAUGGAGGUUGAUAACGAUAAGGAGACAAAGAUUGAGGCUGUGGUAAGUCAAGUAUCAACUGUACACAAAGUGGAGCUUAGCGAGAGUGUUGAAGUGAAGGAGUUUACGGUCGAUACAAGCGAGGACGUUGAGAUGACUACGGGAGAUAUCAAUCCGGACCAAUCUGGACUAAAAAUAGGUCCUGGACAAUUUGACGCUGAAGUGGCUCAAACGGUGAGUGAGAUUGUCACCACAUUGGUGGAUAAUGUGGCGGAUUUCAUGGACGCAACGGUUCCAGUGGAUGCAGCAUCCUCUAAAAUACUCGGCAGUCCCUUGAUGCCUCAUCUUAGUGCUGACGAGGCCAUGGAACUGCUGGAAUUCCACCAAGGCGACGACCAUGAGCUGCUUCCCGAACAUGAUACCGGUACAGACGCCGAUGAGGAGACGGAUCUGAUUGAUCAUCGCGAGUACCAGUGGUUUGAUGGCGACGAAGACGACGAAGCGGCUGCAAUUGAAGCUCCUAAUGUCAUAGACGUCGAUGUAGACACCACAGACGACGUUUUUGGGUUCAGUGGCGUGGAUCUCACUGGUGUCACUCCGAGACUUGAUAACAAUUCCGAUACUAACAGUGACGGGAGUGGAAGUACACUGGUUAUAGCAGAUAAAAGCAACAGUUCAAGCUCCAGUUCAAGCUCCAGUUCGAGCUCCAGUUCUUCUUCCUCUAGCUCGUCUUCCUCUUCUAGCAGUGUCAGCUCGGCCUCAGAGGACGAAGAUGUUCGUUUAGCAUCCAAGAAACGCCACGCAGCACCGAGUUCUGGUCCUCGCAAGCUCUUGAAGUAUAAGAAACAGAAACGUGAGCCCAACAAUCAGCCUCGCAGACGUUUUAAACGUAAGCGCAAGAUCCUGCAGCCAGCUAUUCCAUCCGAGUUCACAGUUUUUGAAACAGAAGCGGCAGACCCGAUCCUUAAAGGCUCGUACUCUAUACGAAAUAACCAACGGGCCUGCUUUAUGGGCAACUGGGGCUUCAGUGACGAAGCUUUCCAGAAUCUCGACAGUGUCAGCCCCUUCGAAUACACGUCUCGUGCUCGUGUCCCGCAGUCCCGUCGUAAAGAUGAUAAACGUCCGGUGUCCGGGAAAUAUGCGGGAUUCUUUAAGCUGCGGCAGUUUAAUGGGAAAUUGGUGAAAAUCCGAGAAGACCAAGUGGACUUACAGUUCCUGCCCAUGCCAGCGUCAGACGAAGAAGAAGAUGAGGACGAGGAUAUGGAGGGAUAUUACAGUGAAGAUGAUGAAGAGCCCGUUGCUAGUCGCUAUGUUGUGCUUGGUAAAGGGAAGAACCGCUUUGGUCGGUUCCUGAUCCGAGGAUAUCUGAAUCCGGAAAGCAACAGAUUGACGGUGCGACGCAGAUAUUUGGAGUGAAUUAAGUGCUGUAGCACCACUGUAGGGUGUCAUGUUGGAUUGAAGCAAAAGAAAGAUGUAUGAACCUGAAUGGACUUUAUGAUUGAGAGAGGUAGUGAAUGAGAUGAAACAGAAGACCGGGAGUGGUAUUCUGUAUCCGUAGUAAAAACAGAUAAGAAAAAUACUAGACCCAACACAACAAACUUUAUGCAACGGGA